AUGCUUCGCCAAAAGUCUUUUAGAUCUCAUACUCCUGUUCUUUUCGUUGUGGUUUUCUUUCUCUUUGUCUUAAUCUCGGCCAAAUACAACUACUUCGUCAAAAUCGGCUUCAGCGUUCCCUCCGGCCAUUCCGAAAGCUGCAAUGCAGUGUCGAUACCUACCGGGUCUUCCAGCACCCAAGUGAUUACCUCCACGCCCAUACCAACACCUACAGCUGCUCCUUUCCCCGAAAAAAUAUGGUACAAAGCCGGACCUCAAGGCGUCUCCGCCGAGGCCGAGAGCUUUAGGAAUCAUUGUCUUGAGCUAAGUCCUGCAUACGAAUACGAAAUACUUGACAAUGAGGCGGCAAGCGAAUACGUCUACAAAUGGUUCUCGAACCGACCCGAUAUCAUAACGACAUACUUCUCACUCGAUGUGCCGAUUUUAAGAGCGGAUCUACUGAGAUACUUAAUCUUGUGGGCCGAGGGUGGGAUGUGGAUGGAUUUAGACGUUUCAUGCGGCGAAGUACCGAUACAUCGAUGGGUGCUGAAAGAAUCUCGAGAAGCGGCAAAUCUUGUCGUCGGCUUGGAAUUUGACUGGCCGUGGGAGAAUGACAAUUUCCUACACGCCCAGUUUACGAGUUGGACGAUAAUGGCAAAGCCCCACUCUCCCCACAUGAUGCAAGUUAUCGACGAUAUCCUGGUGGGUGUCGAUGAGGUGGCGCGACAGCACAAUGUCUCGCUCGAUGGUAUACAAAUGAGUAUGAUUCCUCAGGUGGUAGACCUUAGGGCCUGUUCUGGUAACCCAUCAUUAUGCGGGAACAUGGAAAAAUAA